CGAAAUUUCUUCGUUGAAUAUCGAACCGACUUAAACGAAAGUUCGAAUUUUUUAAAAAGAUAAAUGAAUCUUGUGCAAAGCGUUUACGAUGAUAGUCAAGUUUAUUUUGUUUGCUAAUAAUAUAAUAACACUGGUUUUCGGUAUAAUCGUCACAAUAACUGGAGUAUGGAUAUUAAAAGAUCCUCAAGUGAUGAAGUUAUUCAUAGACGAACCGCUAAAAUCGAUCGAAUUAUUGAGAAUUGCUUCGUAUCUGAUUAUUAUCGUCGGACUUACCGCCUUCUUUAUAGGAUUUCUUGGAUGUUGCGGAGUGUGUCUAGAAAGUUUACUACUGUUAUGUUGUUUUGCCAGUUCGUUGUUUUUUCCUCUAAUCCUUUGUGUAAUAGUAAUCUCUAUGACAAUGUAUUUGACCGGAAAAAAGAUAAAAUAUACAGUGGAAAAGCAAUUACUCGGCUAUUUACUCAAUACAAAAUUCUUCACUUCUAUUGAAUUUUUGUUUAAAUGUUGUGGUGUGACAGGAGAAUUAGAUUACAAGGGAAAUAUAACAAUGUCUUGUCGAGUUAAUAAAGUGGAGAUUAAACAUCCAAAAGGUUGUUUAGACAAACUGUCUGAAAUAUUGCAGGAUAAAGCACAAAUAGUAUACGGAAUGACGACUACAAUAGCAAUUUUAAUAGUUAUUUCAAUUGCAUUGGCUUUUUAUAUCAGAAGAAGAACAUAAUAAUUUUCUAUCGCUUCAAAUUAAGUUUCUCUUAAUUAACAAAACAUAUGAAAAUGUAAGGGAAAAAAAUGUAAUAAAAUAAUAAUAUAACUAAGAUGAUGAUCUGACACAAGAAAACAAUUUAAUAAAAAGCUAAAUAUAGUAAUAUUUGCCGGA